GGGCGCCUUUUGCUGCUUUACGAACUGACCCGGACGGCUGCGCUCUCUUGCCUUGCUAGCGGAGGGGAUGGCCAGAGGGGUCGAUCCGGAGCAGGUGCAAAUCCAGGCGGAGAGGAUCCUAAAUGGCUCCAGUAGGAAAGGAAAACCAGCGAGUUCCUUUGCCCCUUCCGAAGACUCCUGCCGAACCAGGUCGGAAGGAGAGCGCUUUGCUGGUUACAGGUGCCUUGAGCAGCAGUAAGAUCCCGUUGCUUUCCAAAAGCAGACACCCUCCAGAGUUGAGGCAAUCACAGCCGCAGGCAUGUUCUUCCAAAGCAAGGAGUGAAGCAAUCAGGACUUGCAAGAUAUCUCAUUCCAGUCCAGUUCUAGAAUUGGCAGCUGGGUUACCACCCAAGAGUCUUCCCAGAGAACCCUUGGCAGAGACGCAGUUAACUGCCUCUGGCUGUAGGAAUGAAGGUGAUGUGUCUCAUGGCAAAGAGGUCAAUGCAGCUGAGUUUGUGCCUGACCUAGAAGCUCUUGCCAGCAUACUAUCCAACACUGGGCUGACUAACAAGAUGGUGAGUGCAGCUCACAAACCCAGCCUGGCCCAGCAAGUUCCUCUGAAAGGGAAGAGAGCAUGCUUAGCCAGCAUUGGGAGUACCCGGAGCUCCCUGUGUACAAAGGCUCCUAUGAUGAACCCUUUUUGCCUGUCCCACAUCUCUACGUCAGCUUCAGAAGAUACAGGUCACCCACAGUCCUGGAGCCUUGCCAUGAAUACUCAACAACCUAAAACAUUGUCAACUACAGUCAAGAAUUUGAAGCCUGGGGUGGAGGUUGCAGAGGCCAGCCGACCCGCAGAGGCCCUGGAUGGGGACAGGCAUAGCAGUUCAGCCUCCGCUCCGGAGGCAAAGCCUCUGAGUAAUGCAGCUGGGGGCAGCCAGUCAGCACAAAGCAGCUCAGCUGGCAAGAAGGGAACCACAGGAACCUCUUGGGAAGAGGAAGAGUUCAUAUCAGACCCAGCAGCGAAAGCGAGCAUCCUUUUGAACAUAGGCCUGAGCCACUCAACCCUUGGGGCCACCGACAAAGUGAGCCUGGUCCAGUGGGUACCGCUGAAAGAUGCUCAGAAGCCAUCAGUUAUUUGUGACAAUGUGCAGGGUGAAGGGGCUUCUCUGCCCCAGACCCGCAUGAGCGUUCUCUCAGCAGGGAAGUUUGGUCGGGUGUCCUGUCGUUCUACUCAGGGCCUUAAAGGUCUAGAAAGGUUGGACGCUUCUGGAGCCCAGCGAACCAACACACCCCAUGAGAGAUGUUCCACUGUUGAAUGUUCGCCUUAUGGGCUAGCCAGAAGAAUUCCUAUUACCAGUUCACAAUCCUUGCGUCGCAUGCCCUGGACCUGCAGCCGUAUACCUGUUACUUCGAGCGCUAAGGACAAAAGGGUCAAAUGUUUAGACAGAGUCACCAGACAGAUGGGUGCUAUUGGCUCCAAGGAGGAGGGCACUAGUGUGCCCUGGGAGAAAAUAGCUGUGCGCCUUUUUGAUGACGAAAUGGCAGCAUCGGUGAAGAAAGUGCCGGCUGUUCCCGGGAUUAGCACAGAAAUGGGGAAGCUUCAGCGUAUUGAGCUCCUGGCCCAGCUCUUGCAGCAGGAGAUGGAUGGUCACGUUGAUUACGAGGAGGCCCCUUCGCUAGAGGAAUUGCACAAGCUCUUGACAGCCCGCUGCUCACCAACUCCAGAGGCUUCCAUGCCUGCCCUCCCUUCUGCACCUCCACAGGAUCCUGGACCAAGCUCAUGUGAACGGGCCCCAGAUGUGACUGUGGCUGUUCCCUCUGCACCUGGCUCCACACACACCACCUCCAGCCAGCUGCCUGUUUGCCUCAACCCCUCCCUGCAAGAAGUCAGCUGCCCCUCAUCCGGUGCAAGGAAUACAGAUCUGGCAAAGCAACGGUUGGAUCACCUCCUCACUGCUCCCCUUCGUUUCCAUGAAGCCUGCCUAAAUGAUGAAUGUGCCUUCUACACUUCCCGCCUUGCCUCCCUGGCUCAGCCUUCAGCGCAUCGGUGCCAAGAGCCUGUGGCAAAAAUGCUGAACGCUCACGAUGCCAUGCACUUUAUACCCAUCUCUGCAUCUGUACCUCUUUCCCCACCUUCAGAAGCAGAAAGGACUCCGCCGUCCUGAAAAAUGGGGCCAUGCCACUAUUUUUAGGGUGGUCAACCUGGACAGAAGUGCCCCAUUUUCAAUACAGUGUCAUAGAUCCAUCUGCAUAUGUGGAUGCCCUGUUACUACAAACACAUCGGUCGGUCGAGGAUGUUGGCAGGGAGGAAGCUGAAAUCUCACGUAAUACCCCUCUGCCCCCCCACUCCAGUGCUUGGCAAUUAUGAAAAGGGAAGGAAGAAAAAGCCGCAAAAGCUGCAACUCUUCUUAAACUGCAAGGAACUGCAAGAUGUUGCUGCAACAGAGGAUACACUAAUGUUAUAUUAAUUGUAUGUAAAC